UCCGGACGCGAAAACGUGUGCCGCCACUGUCUACGAAAAAGAGGGGAGAGAAAGAGAGAGAGUGAAUUGAGGGCUUCCUCGGUCGCGAGCGCGCGCGCGAAAAAAAAGAAGACACAGGGAGAGAGAGAGAGAGAGAGCGAGAGAGAGAAAGAGACACAAGGGGCGCGCGCAGUGUGCGGCUUCGAAAAUCCGAUUGCUCCGUAAUUAUAAGCCCAGACGAGAGUUUGUUUGUUUUCCCGUUCGUUUUUCGUGACCCCUCGAUGACUGCAGAGCCAUAGUAGUGCGAUCGUCAUCCAAGCAGUUUUCGCUCGUGUCAUGGGGCAGCGAUCAAAGUGAACUCUUCAUUGCGAACUUUGCCGUGUGCCAAGCAAAGAGACGGAGCUUUCGGCCAGCUUGUCAACCUAGUUUGUAAGAGUGCAUUGUGAUUUUUCGCCAGCUCGCCUCUUGACGACUUCUCUCUCGAAACAUCAUGGAUAUGUCGGAGGACUGUUGGGCCGACCACGUGGGUCUACUGCAGGAUGUGGCUGGUAGCGCUGGAGAACAACAGCAGCAUCCGCAGACUGCAUCUACUUCCGAUUUUCUCAUGAUGCAGCAUUCGCAUCAUCACGAGCUCCUGGUGAGCGGCGGCCAACCAACAACGGCAACCUCGCCAGCGAUGUCGUCGGGCGGUGCAUUGAGUCCCGGCGCGCUGUCGCCUUCGUCAACGGCGACCACAGUGACGACGACGGGUGGCGGCGGUGGCGGUGGCAGCGGCAACACGAGUAACACUACUGCUACUGGUGGCACAAGUACGCCUGUAGGUGGAAGUGCCGCGAGUACCGGUGGCACGGGUGUUGUGACGAGUGCAGCGCCAACGGCGUGUUGCGAGAAUGGAAGGCCGAUGAUGACGGAUCCCGUGACUGGACAAACUGUAUGUUCGUGCCAGUACGACAGUGCCGCGAGGCUGGCCCUCGGUGCUUAUCCGCGACUUGGCCCGACUGCCAGUUCGUACUCUUCGUAUCCAACGCCAACGCCGUCGGCCAGCGAACAAGGCCCUUAUCCAAGUAUCGGCAUGGAUAGCUCGGCGUUCUACUCUCCAUUGGGAAAUCCGUACGGACUGAAGGAUGCGACGGGGAUGGGAAUGACGGCGGACAUGGGCGCAGCCUGGGGCACUGCCGCCCUCCAACCGACGGCCACCGGCUACUACCCUUACGACCCGACGCUCGCUGCCUAUGGGUACGGCGCUGGUUAUGACCUGGCAGCGAGGCGGAAGAAUGCGACGAGAGAGUCGACGGCAACGCUGAAAGCCUGGUUAAACGAGCACAAGAAGAAUCCGUAUCCCACGAAAGGGGAGAAAAUCAUGCUUGCGAUCAUCACGAAAAUGACGCUGACGCAAGUAUCGACGUGGUUCGCGAACGCGAGACGUAGGUUGAAGAAAGAGAACAAAAUGACGUGGGAGCCGAAGAACAAAACGGACGACGACGACGAUGCAGUGCUCACCGACUCGGAAGACAAAGACAAGGACGAUCACAUUCACGGCGAUAAUAGGCAAGACAGGGUUGGCGAUGACGCCAGGCGAGGACUUGACGAUAACGAGCCGAUGCGCCACGUGAAAGCCGAGCACAUGCAGCACGACAAGGACCUCGACGACGAAGACGAUCUCGAUCUCGAGGACGACGCUCGUCGCGCUGCUGAGCACCCGUACCAUCACGCGAUGCAUCACCAUCAUCACCAUCACCACCCGGGCUACGGGCCCGAGGAUCAUCAUCUCAAGGACGAGGGAAUCAAGUCUGACUGCGCCGCCGGAAUACCGAUACCCGCGACGAAACCGAAAAUCUGGUCACUAGCCGACACGGCAACAUGUAAAUCUCCGUCGCCGCCCAGUCACCCUCACCAUCACCAGUACCAAAUGCAUCACCAUCAUCAUCAUCAGCAGCAGCAGCAGCACUACGCCCAGCAACAGGCGCAUUUGCCACAGCAGCAUCACCAACAGCAGCACCACCAUCUGUCCGGCCAAGCGCAGCACCACUCGCAGCAACCGUGGCUCAGUGGUGGCGCCAGCGUCGUAGACCCAGGCAGCACUGGCGGCAGUCUCGCCAACUUUGCGCUACCGUCUUCGGCGUCAAUGAGUCCGUCUUCGGCAGCCACAGCACCCUACUCGAGUACGGGUGCUAGGUACGGCGGCUUUCUGUCCUCGUCGUCGGGUGGUCAGCUGCACUAUAACCCAAACUCGAGCGGGGGCUCGAGCAGCGCCUCCUCGUCGGCGGCGGCGGGGUUUCCCGAGGUUGGUACGGAUACCCCGCCGCAGACACCACCCAAUAUGAAAGUGGGGACGCCGAACGGCGUGAUCCAGGGCCCUCCAGCCGGGUAUUGCCCUGGUGGCAACAGCAAUAAUGCCAAUCCCGGCCACUACGCCAGCGCCGCCGGCGUUGUUGCGGCGUCGCCGGCUCACGUGACUGCUAGCGUGGGUUACAUGCAGACACAGACUAAUGGACCUGUGGUUGUGACGAACAACGCCAAUGGCUCGUUUAGCACGAGGCUGCAGAACUCGCCGCACAAGGACUUCUCGCCCGCGUCGGCGCAGAACUCCAUCCUACAUCAGCACCAGACCACUGCCAGCUUACCACCCACGGAAGCGACCACCGCCUUCAAGCCGUUCUACAAGGGAUCUCAAAACAUGGCUAGUGGAUUUGUAUCGCCGGUUUAAUGCGAGUUGGAGGCACCUGACGAGACACAGCAGCGUUUCCAAGAUCGCUGAUGACUCGCUCACUUCGAGAAAAAGCAAACAAAGCACGAGCUUCGGAUUUGCGCGAGCCAUGGUGCACACAAUUUAUCCAAAAUCCGCGUGGCAAGGUAAACGCACCGACGCGUGCAACGCAUACGCCACUCGUGCAAAGGCAAAAGAGGGGGAUUCAACCAAGACUUGCAAACUGGAUGUACGUCUUGGUAUAAAUCGUGGCGCCCGCUCGCGGAUUAAGGUGCGCGUGCGGGUGGAUUAGACGAAAGGUUACAACUUGUACCAGUGAAAGACUUAUUCAAAAAACAAACAAAAAAAAAAACAAAAAAGCAAGAAAAUCUUUCGUUCUCUUUUUUUUCUUUCCGUUUAGAUUUUUUCGGCAAAUAUCUCAAUAAACACACACAGGCGAUAUAACAUACACCACUUUAGCGUACACCACUGUAAUUCGGGCAACGUGCAAGACAGAAAGGCACCUCGUAUAUAUUAUAAAGAUAGUUUUUAUCGAAAUAUGACAGAACUGUUGUUACUAUGAAUUAUUAUUAUUAAUAUUAUUAUUUUGAUUAUUAUAAUUUUAUGACGAUCAAGUCACGUGCGGUGUGACCGUUGCGCGACGGAAAGUUCUUUUUGUAAAUAUGUCACAUAAAAGAAAAGUGAGCGAAUAAUGUCGUAGAUAGACUAAAAAUCGGCUGAAAAAACGAAGGAGCGUUAUUUAAAAGUAUAUCACACACACACCCACACGCACACGAACAUGCUGUACGAUCGAUCACGGAUAAUAAACUCUCGAUGCGCGUCUUCCGUCAAACAUCUUCCGGUUUAUAUUUGUGCAAGUCCUGUUCAAUGCAAUCUGUGUCUUUUCUUUUUCCAACGAACAAAAUUGUAAAUAAAUACAUAUUUAAUUUAAGCACUCAAUUGCGUUGUAAAAAGUAUUGUACAUUUGUUUUAAAUUAAAGGAGCAAAAAGUACAGAAUAAUUCGCAAGCCUUUGUGUGGAUCACACAAACGCGCGCGCGCGCGCACAUACACACAGACGAGCUCACGAUUUCUCGUUAAACCGCGAGAGAAGUACAUCGAGCGCUUGCACGAGUCAAUCAAGCGACGAUCGAUAAAUCACUUAAUUUUCAUCGCGUCCUGCCCGCCUCCUUUAUCCUCUCCCACCUGCAGCCUAAUCUCGUCGUCCCUUGCAGCAGCGGAUCGAUUCGGGUGCCGUGCAACUGCGCGCUGCAGUGUUAGCUGCUGCUAUAAUUAAGUUGAUUGCAAUCUGCUGACUUUCAAGUGGCAAUCGUUGUUGUCGAAAUCCAAGUGGAUGGCAAUUUUUAUGCUUCUUCUUUUGUUGGAUUCCUCACGAAGGAAAAGCUGGUAAAAAUAAAGUUCACUUGGUAUUGUGCUGACAGUAAUAUUACAGAAAAAAUACAAGCUGUUUAAGCCCACAUGUAGGUACUAUAAUCUCAUUGAUAUGUAUAUUGUGCAGUCGUAACACAAUAUUCUUACAGUAGAACAUGUAAACGCAAGAUGAGCAUAACCGUCGCACAUAGUGAAAUAAAUAUGAAUAUACAGUUAUAAGUGAAGUAAAACAAAAGGAAACCACAUAGAGUACGUUUAUAGUUAUAAUAGCGUCGAUUUAAUAUAAAAAAAAUGGUGCAAUAACUCAUUAACUCUACGAUUUUGUUACUUGGAAGUCAGCUAGUCGAUUAUAAAGGAAAAUAUGGAAAUUUCUCUUGGACCAAAUUUGAACUAUAACUUUUUUAUCGAGUUCGGAGGUUUUGCAUCUCAUGUAAACAUAUCACUGAUAACAUAGACAAAUGUCAAAUUUGGUCUCUUUUCCAGGAAAAGUGCGAAAAGUUGAUUUUAGAAUACACGACAAAAAUAUAUAUCUUGUAAAUAUUAAAUAUUUCAGGCUGUCUCGAUGUAAAUUAAAAUCGAAAGAAAAAACUUGAUCGCUUCAUUCUGCGCUGGGUAUUCUAGAAUCAACAUUAGUCAACUUGAUUAAAAAGAAUGGGAAUAGAAAAUAAAAAAGAUUGUACAUUUAUUGUAAAAAUACAUUUAUUUAUGUCUGUGAUAAAAAAGUAAGAAAAAAAUUAUUAAGGGCAAAUUCACUCGAAACAGAAUAUAAUGAAGUGACUGAGAAGUAAUGAGCAAAUGACACUAACUUGAAAUGUGGGAGACGCGCAAUGAUAAAGUUCAUGAUGUUACAUUAAAAUCACAUACAUUUAUCUUAUAGAUAACUAAUUAAACAAAUGUUUCUUUGUAAAUAGACGAACAAAACUAUGCAUAUGACGUGCACGAAUGAGUGUAUAGUCGUUACUCGAGACAUACAUAUUUGUUGUGAAUAACAAUAGCGCAAACAUAAAAACUUUAGCUACUUCGUAAUAGUUAUAUUGCGAAAGAAAAAAACUCAGUUUUUAAGCGGUCGUUCGUACGGUUUCAAUCUUGUAAAUUACCAUGGAAGAAAGCAAAAUGGAGUGUGUACAUAGCCAUGAAUGUGAAUAUAGAUGUAUACAAAAAAUAUCUAUUAUUACGAAUACCGACAUUAUCACAUAUUAUAUUAUUAUAUUAUUGUCUACUUCAAUUAUAAAUUCAUAUUAUAUUAAAAGAAGAC